AUGCAGUACGCACAUUCAGCAGUUGAUUAUGGUCUGCAAUGUACGAAGUUGGUACAACAUCGCCAAGUCGGAUGGCUCACGAAGAACCGCGAAACUGGAGAGCUCAUCCGCGAGCAGGUGCCGCUCAUGAAGAAAGCCAGGAUGUUGCUCCUCUUCAACCCUCUCACCGAGUGGGUAGAUAGAACACACACUUUCCGAUACAUCUUGCAUGAGAAGACGGAUCACUCAAAGAGCAAGGAGGUUAACCCGCGUUCGAAGGAGCAGAUCAAGGCUUUUGUCGACUUUUACCAUGUAGACAUGAACCAGUUCGAACCGUCAGAUAUCAAUGCGUACAAGAGUUUCCAAGACUUCUUUAUCCGACUCCAUAAACCCGGGGUCCGCCCUAUUGCAUCCCAAGAAGACCCCUCUGUAGCUGUCUGCGUCGCCGACUGUCGCAUGGUCGUCUACGACACCGUCGCAGAGACCCACAAGCUCUGGAUCAAGGGCCGCGACUUUUCCAUUGCGCAGCUGCUCCAUGACAAGGUUGCGGCACGGCCAUGGCAAAACGGCGGGGUCGCGUCCUUCCGCCUGAGUCCGCAGGACUAUCACCGGUACCACUCACCCGUGCACGGCAUCGUGAAGUGGUGGAAGGAGCUCGACGGCGACUACUACUCGGUUGACCCGAUCUGCAUCCGGAGCGACAUCGACGUCCUCGCGGCGAACGCGCGCUCGGCGUUCUGCCUGUCCACGAAAGAGUUCGGUGACGUGCUCUUCGUCGCGAUCGGUGCGCUCGAGGUCGGCACUGUCAAGCUCUCGGACAAGAUCACGUCCGUCCUGCCCGGCUCGCAGGCGCCCGCGAAGGACGUCGUGAUUGAGAAGGGCGAGGACGUCGGCUUCUUCGAGUUUGGCGGCAGCAGCAUCAUCGUCGCGUUCGAGCCUGGGCGCAUACAGUUUGACCAGGACCUCAAGGACGCGAGCAGCGAGCUAAUUGAAAUGAAUGUGGAGGUGGGGAUGAGGAUGGGCCGAGCGACCGCGCCAGACUUUUGA